UUUUAGGAUGACGUUAUAAAAUGAUACCUACAGUUUAAGCAGUUCUUACAAGAACUUAGGGUAGGAUGCCUACCACCAUAGUUAGCGAUGAUAUUCUUAAGUCCGUUAUCGAUCAGUACGUCGGAGAACUGACCCUUGGUAUAUUGCUUCAUUACAACAGAGCGAGAGUGUUGGGAUAUUUUGAUGAACUAGAAGAUACUCCGGAUGGAGGUGAACAUGCUAUUAUCGAUAUGGAGGGGUGUGAUAUUUUCGGUCAACCUAAAGAGGUUAAAGUUGAGGACAUUCAAUGUCCUGAAUGUUUGAGAUGUGUCGCUGCUACUCGAUUUGCUCCACAUCUUGAGAAAUGCAUGGGUAUGGGUAGGAACAGUAGCCGUGUGGCACGGCGCCGUAUCGCCAACACCAACAACCCUGCUGAUGAGGACACUCUGGACGAGGAGGACGCUGACCUGUGGGCCAGCAAACCUAAACGCCCUAAAGUCAAGAGAAAUGGGUCACCGAAGUUGGUAAAGAAGAAGGCAUUAAAGCUGAAAAGCGAUCUGUCUUCAUCACCCCCUGUCAUGAUAACAGAUACGGAGGGAAGUGACAGGGAAACGUUUGAAGCACUCUCGCCCGAGUCCAAGGAGAAGUUCCUCCGAACUAUGUGUGGGGUUGUAUCUGAGUACACAAAGAAGCUGUGCACGAGAUCGUUACGAUGCCCACAACACUCAGAUGAACAGCGUGCAACAGCCCGGUCCCUCCUUCUCCCUAGCAUGUCAAGUCUUAUCAGUGAGGAAACUGGUUCGGAACACAAUUCAGACAGUUCCCUAACAACGGACGUCACGUGGGCGCCGGGGGCAAAGAAAAAAAGAGGAAAAUCCAAAGCUAAGAAAGGAUUGAUCCUGCUGCCUUGACGACGGUUAAUUCUUAGAUUAAAAUUGAAAAUUUGUAAGUGAUUUAAUGUAAAAGGACAGAGUUAAAUAAGUUUGUAUGAGCUGUGGAAUAUCACUGUUGUCUCUCAUUCGCUGAAUCUGUAGUGUUUGAGACGAAGAUCGCCAAACCCUCUGAUUUUCAGUUUAUGUACAUAUAUGUCACGUCAUUAUUAUUUAUAUUUUAUCAUUAUAUCUAUAUAUAUAUUUGAUGAUCUUUUGUCAUUUUGAGAAAUAAGUUUUCAUCGGAGGAGGUUUCAUAACUGGGUUCUGAGUUGGAACCACUCUUUAAUUUUAUGAUGAUAUGAUCCGUUCUAUUUUGUAAUUGCUGGGGGACACCAAAAUUUCACUCCAUAUUAUUUAUCGCAAUAUCUGUACUGCGGUGUUGUUAUUCAUUGUGCUAUAAUUGAUUUGUGUUAUAUUUUUAUCGGAAGGUUUCUGU